GUAAAACACCAAAGAGUGUUUUGUAAUCCCAUCAAAAUUUUCAGUCGUAAACACCUCGUACCUAAAACGAAAAUCAAUAUUCCACGAAAAUUUAAUCAGCAUUAAGAGCAAAUCAUGACCGGGCGGAAUCGGAACCAGGUGACGAAGCUCGAAACCACCAUCGAGCAGUGCCGCGGCGAAGGCAAAUGGUCCCGGGUCAUCGAACUGGCCGACGAGCUCAAAUCGGGCUACCCGCAAGUUGAGAGUUUGGCCAACUUCCUAAUGGGGGAAGGUAAGCUGGAAAGCUAUCUGGAGGAACAUCCGCCGAUUGAGGACAAUGUGCUGAAGGCGAGACUGGGGCUGACGGACGCCAAACGGUAUCUGAAUUCGGUGAUUGGCGAAAGCGGAAAGAAGGCUGGGAUUGCUCUGGAUGCGCAUCUGUUGCUGGCGAAGCUGUUCUUUGCCUGCGGCCAGUACGACGAGUCGCUGCAGAGCUUUGUCCUGGCCGAGUUGAAUACGCUGUCGGAGAAGCAUCUGUCGCCACGAAGCAUUCGAAUCCUGGCGGAAUCCUACGCCAUCAAGGGCAUGUGCCUGGAGAAGAAAGGCGCCAAAGCACCGUCCAAAUUCAAGCAAGCGGAACAGGAAGCGGAGAUGAUCACGUGUUUUGAGCGGGCGGCUGAUUUGGGAAUUUUAUAUCUGCAAGGUCAGCAACAGCAACAACAGCAGCAGCAACAACAACAACAGCUACAACAGCAGGACAGUGGCGGCAGUCAGGUGGAGGUCCGUCAGGUGGGUGCCGUGCUGGAGACGGGGCUGCAGCGGGCGCCAAUUGUCCUUAUCAAGACGGGAAAGCUGCAGAAUGCGAUCGAUCGGUACAGGGUUAUGCUGAAUGCAGUGGAGACGAAGGCAACCCAGACGCUGAGACUGACGCUGGCCAGGCAGUUGGCCGAAGUGCUGCUGAGGGGAGUGUCCGGAACGAUCUAUACUCCUCCGACCGGGUUGGGGUCCGGUAAAGGCGGAAACAAGAACAAGAGCUUGUGGGAGCCGAAGAAGUACUUGGCCCGGCAGCAAUUCAUUCCGAGGAACCAGCACGAGGAGACGAUACUGUUGCUUCUGAUUGCGGAAGCGCUGGCCGUGAGAGACGCUGUCCUGUCACAGAGUCCGGAGUUCAAGGAAGCAAGAAUCCAUUCGCUGGGCAACGCAACGGCAAUCUAUGAUCUAAUGACAUUGGCCACGGUGCGCUGGAAUCAGGUCGGGUUGCUGCAUGACUCCUUGGAAAAAGCAUUGAAAUUCGCCUUCGGGGAGAGCCACGUCUGGAAGCAGUACGCCGUCUGUUUGAUUUCCAUGGGUCGGUACAAGCACGCGGUUUGUGCCUUGAAGGAACAUUCCAAGCUGGAACCGAUGGACAGCUUGAGUUGCCUGAUGGCUGCCCGACUGUGCUAUGAACAUCUGGAUCAAAUCAAGGAAGGGCUGGCCUUUGCCGAACAAGCACUGGCCAAAGAGGUUAAAGCAUUGAGGCGUUCUCGUGCUCAGCUCUACGUAGGAAUCGGUCUGCAACAGGUGGCGGUUUCUUCGACUCUGGUCUCAGAAAAAGAUCGUUAUAACAAGCUUGCCUUCGAAGCACUAGAGAAAGCGGUUUUCCUGGAUCCCCAUGAUCACCUGGCAGAAUACUACCUGGCAUGUCAGCAUGCCUUCAACUAUAACAUCACCGAAGCUCUGCUCCACAUCACAAACGCAUUGUCCCUCCGGGCGGAACACGCCUCCAGUUUGCACCUGUUUGGCCUUCUCCUAACGGCCAACCGUCGUCCCAAAGAGGCCCUAGCCGUCGUCCAGGACGCGACCGAAGAAUUCCCGGACAAUCUGAAUCUGCUGCACGUCAAAGCUCACCUCGAACUAUAUCUGAAAGACGUCGAAACGGCGCUGGAAACGGUCCAGCAGAUGCUCGCCAUCUGGCGGGAGGUGUACGAGGUGCAGCUGGCCAAUGCCGGCAGUGGGCUGGAGCACGAUCACGAGAAGCACUCCGACACCAGGAGCGUGCUGCAGAUGCAAACGUCGCAGAUGUCCGACAAGGAUUCGAAUUCGAUUCAUGCGGCUUCGCUGGCUGCCUCCCGCAUAGAGCACGCCCUCAGCGAAGCGGCCAGUUCGCUGAGUUCGUUUAGCCCCCGUCCCGGUCCCCAGAAGGCCUGGAUGAUUCAGUUCAAAAUUUGGCUUCUGCUCGCGGACGUCUACCUGGCCAUCGAACAGCCCAACGAGGCCGUCAACUGCAUCCAGGAGGCGAGCCUGAUCAACCCGGUGUCCCAUCAGGUCAUGUACAUGCGCGGUUUGAUACACAUCUACCAGCAGCAGUGGGCGGACGCCAAGCAGUGCUUCCUGAAUGCCGUAUCGGCCAAUCCGUACCACACGGAUGCCCUGCGUGCCCUGGGUGAGGCCCAUCUCACCCUUGGUGAACCACGGCUUGCCGAAAAGACCCUCAAGGAUGCCGCCCGGAUCGAUCCCAACUGUCCGAAGAUUUGGUUCCUACUGGGUCGAGUGAUGGAAAGUCUUGGCGAUUAUGCGGCUUCGGCCGAUUGUAUGGCUACGGCUCUGCAGCUGGAACCGUCCUGUCCGGUGCUACCGUUCACCUCGAUUGCACUGGUGUUUGACUAAUGAGGGAAAGAACGCUGUAGUAGUUUCGUUGACUAAUUAUAAGAACUGGGUUAAAUUGGGUGUCUGAUGUUAUAGUUCCAUAGUACGGUGGUGUCAAAACUGGCUUCUAAAAAGAAGCCCUAAUAAUUGCGUGUAAAGUAUAUUGGACAUGUUCAUAUUUUUUCGUUUACUUCUUGACUAUUUUGGUAAGUAUGAAUGUAUGUAGUAUAGGUAAUAUUGGAAUUCUGUGAUUGUUAACUCGUCAUUGUAUAGCGCAUUGGUAUGUGCAUUUAUUCAUUAAAGUAUUAAGGCAAAGUGUAUGUAUUGCUAUCAAUCAACUAAAAAAUAUAUCAGCAUUAUAAGUGUAAAUAA